AGUGACGUUUUGUGACAUUAUUUCGUUAGACUUAUUCUUGUUGAUUUUAUUUAUUUUGUUGAUGAUAAGAUACAUUAGUUUUAGUAGCGAAAGUUGAUAGAUUUAGAUCGCAUAAGAUCACAGCACAUGUAUCAACGCCGAUCAUUGUUUUUCGCGGAACAUGUUUUGCUUUUGAGAUUGAGUGGUUUAUAGGACAACUGCGCGGGCGACAAAAAAGAACAACUAGACCUUUGUAUAAAAGUGUAAUUUUUGGUCAGUAAACCUCCACACCUACUUAUUUGAAAGCGACGCACGACUUGUAUAAAAAAAUGAAAAGAAAGUAAUUGUUUGUACCGUUUCCCUCAAGUUUUGGGAUCUUCAUGAAUUUGCUUCAUGCCAAUUGUUUUAAUGCGAAUGAUUGGCCCCAUGCUUCACUCACACUCUGUGCAAGAACGCCAACUGCUUCCGCAAUGGUGAUCUGAAGUGCUGCCAGUGCGGGCGUCUUAUCCAAAAUGCACGUUUUGACACCGUAUUAACCGGAAAACGCAAUCCCGGAGAUGUCUUCCAUAUCCGGAGUCCAAGCGGGGAUGCCGCAGCAGCAGCUGCAGCCCAACCCGCAGCAACCACAGAUGCAGCCCAACCCACAACAGGGGCCGCCACAGAUGCAGCAGGGCUUUGCUGGUGGUGCGCAGCAACCACUGGAGGCUUGUCUCGCUCAGCUGCCCGCAUACACCAAUUUGCCACGGCUCACAGCCGACGUCACGUUUCUCCUGAACCAGAUUCGCACGCUAAAGCCCCACGUCAAGCAUUUUGGCUCCCCCAACGGCGCGACGGUGCAGCUGUUCGUGCUCGGGGGGACGUUUCCCAUUCAGUACAAGGGGGGACGGUACAACAUCCCGCUCACGAUGUACUUUGACCCGCCCUACCCUUCCAAACCUCCAAGGUGUUUUAUCACGCCCAGCGAUGGGAUGCGGAUCAAAGACCGGCAUAAUCACGUAGACCGAACUGGAAUGGUGUAUUUGCCCUAUCUGAACCAGUGGCAGAUGGCAUGCACUUGCGGGGAACUGAUCGCUUGCAUGCAACAGGUAAGUACUUCCUACUCAAAGUUGUACUUGAGAGAGAGACAACGUUCGUAAAGAAUGCUUUUAGUUUGAAAUUUGUUCAAUCAACAGGGUACCUCCUAGAUAAUCAUAAUUUCUGCUAAAAUAUCUUUAGGUGUUCGGGGAAGAUCCUCCCGUGUUUGCUACCGCCAGUGCCUCGUCUCAACCGCGACCGGCGCAGCAAUAUGGUGGGAAUCCGAACCAGAGCACGUCCGGCAGUGGGAUCGUGGCCAAUGCGCCCCCCAUGUCCAACAUGUCCCUCAGCGGAGUCCGUCAGCCGAAUUCCGGCCUGCCCUCAGCCGCGCAGCGAGCCGCGAUUCCGCAGAGUUUAUCCGUACCCAGCGGAGGAGGAGCCACGAUGCCUGUCACGAUGCCCUCACAGUCUAUUUCGGGCGGAGCAGGAGGUACUACCGCUGGUGCCUCUUCCGCCAGCAAUGCCGCGCAACACACAGUUUCGCAGCUUUCCGACCAGAUUUCCAUGAUGCGGGCGGUUGGUGGAGCUGGUGGAGGUCCACCUGGAAACAAUAGUAUGAGUGGUGUUCCACCACCGCAGCAAGGACAGUUGUCCCAGAGUUUGUCCGGCUACAACAAUCCGACAAAUAACACAGGCUAUUCUUACACCGGGGUGUCGCAGUCUGGUGCGGCGAUCGGGGUAAAUCCCGCGACCGGGCAACCGCUGUCGUACAGCUUUACGAACAGCCCUGUACCUAAUCCCAACUUCCACCCGCUUGCCGUCGGCGGGCUUCCCGGGGGAGGAGGUGGGAUGCACAGCAGCUACAGCGGGAUUCAGCAGCACUCCGCCCAGGGAAGAAGUACGCCACCCAGCAUGGGCGGAACUAGUAAUAUGAUGCAGCAGCAACAGCCGAUGAUGAAUCAGUUCCAGAAUGUCAUGCCGAACAGGCAAGGCAGCGCCAGCGGCGUUUCGCUGAUGGGACCACCGGUCGGUGCAUCUUCUGGCGGUAAUACCAGUAUGUCAGGGAUACAACCGCAGCAACAGACAGGUGGUCUACCUAUGGUGUAUCCGCCAGACCAGAUGAUACAGUUGCAGCCCGGGCAGCAGUUUUCCGUAAACACCGCACAGCCACCGCAAAUGCUGCCAGCAUUGGGUGCGAUGCAGCAACCACCACCAAUGGGCACCCCGCCGAUACUACAAAAUGCACAGGUGCAGCAGCAGCAGCAGCUAAUGAACGCGAGUGCUGCCGGUGUUUCCGGCGAGUUCUCGCGGCAACAGCAGCUGCAAGCCGCCGUCACAGCGCGUGUGCAUCGCGAUCUCCCAGUGGUGCUCAGGCCGGUAUGAAAAUUCGACGACGUUCUUUUUUUCUGGUGAUGUUACUGCUUCAACUGUCAUGCACGUUUAUUUCUAUGUGUAUGUUGUACCGACGUGGUUACCGACUAGGUGGACCGAACAACAUUUUCUACACCGUCUAGAAUAGAAGUGCGUAGAAUUAUAAGAAUACGCAAUAUUUUUCAGGUCGUCGCAUCCAUUCAGGAACAGCUUGACGUUGGCGAAAAAUUGCAGCAACAUGGCAACCAGCUGCGCAACACGGUGCAGGAUCUAGAAGCGGAAGCCAAGAAGCAGGACCAAAUAAUCGAAGAACUCGAGCAGACAAAGCUCGCGUUGCAGGCGGUAGAGAUUUACUUAUUCUUCAUCGUCUUUUAGGAUUUUUGGGUUUGCUGUUACUACUUGAUUUGAAUUCAGCGAGUCAAAGGAAGAAGUUUUGAAGAUGGAUAUGAAUCACAAAAAGAAAAAACCAAAAACAGGCUAUCAAGAGAGCGGAGGACGAGAAGGACGUGAACAUUGACGAAUUUCUCGAGCCACGCGACGUUUUGAGCAGGCAACUUGUGGACCUUAUUGCCGAGGACUGCGCAUUGGAAGACAGUCUGAGUCAGUUGGACGAAAGCCUGAAGGAAAAGACCCUCACCGUGGACGCGUGGUUGCUGGAGGUGCGUGACUGCGUAAAGCGGCAAUUUUACGCACGGGAGCUCAAGAAGAAGGUAAUGCGGGCUAUCAAACUGCGAAAAAUGAAUAACCCGAACAAUGUCUCGGGCGGCUCGCUCGGAAGCGUACCUGGAUAGCAAUGUGGCAGGUUCCCCUCAGCUCCGGCCGCGAUGUGCAGCUGCUGCGCAAACACAAACAUGCAUAGCCAUUUUACUUCCUUAUUCUUACAUUCAAAACUAACUACUUCGAAGUUAAGCAGGCGACUCAGCUGGUCUGACCGUUCAGACAACAAUAUUGUAGCCGUACCCCGCCCGUCUCUUUACUGCCUAAGUCCCUACAUUUUUUACUAUUUUUCGGCACGUGCCGCAAUUUUGUAAUCUGAUCUUCCACGAUGUGCGCUCUUCCUGAAGAAAGUUUGGGUUUUUUCCAACGAUUUGUGGAAAGUUGAAAAAAGCGCGCCCCAACGUGCCUCUCCGGGAAAUUAUGUUCUGCACCAUCUGCAUGAACUACGUGUUGUUAGUUCUGUUUUGAUAGUACCACUUUUGUGGAUUUGAGAUCGAAGGUUUGAAGGUUUCUAAAACCUUCCGCCCUCGAGCUUAAGUCCGGAACCAUUUUUUCCCCGCUCUACCCCAAGAAAAGACGCCUUAUCCGUAUUCGAAUCUUGUUUUCACUACAACCCCCAUACAUACAACAUCAACAACCCUGAUGUGGGUAAAAUCACCUACGCGGCUUAACAAUCGUACAACGUGAUAAAAAUGAAUGUCCUGCCGGCAGCACCAACAAGCGGCAGCGGGACGCUCGACACAUGACAUCGCAAUGUGUAAGUGGUGUGAGACUGAGAUGCGACUGCGACGCCAACGAAGAAUAAAGGCAAG